GUAAAUAACAAAAUAACAUUGAUGGACAAUAUUGCAAUGAAAGACUACCACCGUACCACCUGUAGUUUGUCCUGUGGAGUUCAGACAGGGUUCUUGUCCCAGUAAAAGUUCAUACCACAGUUUCAUUAAAAUGUCAAGCAAAACUCAUUCAGCGCUUCUUACAAAACAAGAAGAGGAGGCAAAGCGCAGAUUGGAUGUUCUAUCAUCAGACUACUUAAAUCUCUUUGAAUCUUCUACAAUGUACGACUGCAGCUUGCGAGUGAGGUACAAUCAUUCUUGUCAGAAGGUCUUUAGGUGCCACAAAAUUGUUUUGUCUGUUGCGAGCAGAGUUUUCCAAGCCAUGUUUCAUGGAGGCUUCAACGAGGCAAAAAAAGGGCCCGAUGAUGAAAUUCUGAUUGAUGAUACAAGUCCAGCAAUUUUCGAAGCAGCCAUGAGGUUUGUUUACUGUCGGAAAGCUGAGUUUGGAAACAUUCCAAAUGCUGCAGAAAUAUACAUGUUUGCCGACAAGUGGCAAAUUAAAAGCCUGAAGGAAGCUGCAGACUCGUUCUUAACUUCGGUGCCACUAUCACUUGGAAAUUAUGCCUUCAUGUUUGAAAUCUUCAAACGGCUGAAUCACGAAGCUGGCAUGAAGAAGUGUAUGGAGAUGAUUUCGACAUGUAUCAAAGAUAUUUUUCAAGGCGAAGAUUGGAAAAAAGCAUCCUUGGAUUUCGUCAUGCAAGUGAUGAAAGAAGAGGAUCUCGUGAUCAACGACGAGUGUGAGUUACUUGAAGGCCUUGUUCAAUGGGGAGCAGCAAACGCCCUGACAGAUGAAAAUGGGCAACCGUCAGACGCUCAGGUGAGAGAGGCAAUCGAAGAACCUCUCAAAAUGAUUCGCUUUCUUACCAUGGAAAACCAAGACUUCAUAAAUUUCUGCUCUGUCAGCAAAUAUGACAUUUUUACUGUGGAGGAAAAGUGGAACAUCGUAAUCAGUAUCACAAACAAAUCUGCAGAAAAGUUGCCUCAAAACUUCAGCAGAGAGGAGCGCCAAAGAUUUUCAGUCAAAAAGUUAAUUUCCGUAAAAUUAAUUAGGGAGAUGUCUUUUGUAUAUGGUCGUGUCAUGGAUGACCCUCCAAUAACUUGUUUUGGGUUCAGAACAAACAAGAUCGUCAAAUUUGUGGGGCUCAAAUUGAUGCCAUUUGAAGCUCACAAGAAAGAUGAGAUUUUCGAGCCAGAUGCAGAAUUUCUAAUUUGCAAUAUGAAAAAAGAGAAAAUUUUUGAAGGCUCUACAAAAGAUUUUGUUGAAAGACUGGGGUUUUACAAAGCAAGGAGGUCGGUUGUGCUUGAUGCAAAUACCCAAUACAAACUUUCUGUCAAAUACCUAAAUAUGCCAGAUAUGUCUAAGAAUAAAUUAUCUUAUCAAUAUUUGCAAGAAAUUACUAGCAAUAUUGGUGACUUGAAAGUGAUUCUAUAUGGAGAGAGAUAUAAUAUGACCAGAGUGUGUGAACUUAUUUUUGUCAAUCCACCAUGAUUCCAAUGAUUUGAUCUCGUUUUCAUUGUGAGCUUGUGUGGCUCAAGCUGUAUCACACAAUUAAAAAAUAUGAUAAAUCAUGAAAAUAAAAAUUAAUGAGGUCAUGCAAGGAGUAUUGUAUGAAUUCGUUUUUAUUAUUCAUUCUUAUCCAUUCCACAAUUUAAUUGUAUUAUUAAAAAUAGUUAUCACAUUGCUCAACAAAAGUUCAUUCAGAAUGUAUG